CCUUCUAACAGUGGUCCUCGACAAGAGAAAAUCAUAUCAAUAACUUCGACAUGGAUGGGACACUUGUUCGUCGCCUGAGCUUUACUGACAUUUUAAAUGUGUCUGUGUUCAGCGGAGCAUGCAUCUUUAUCGCGUUACUCGUGUGCAAACGAUUUACAGAACAUCCAUUGAACAGCCGCCUCAGAAAGACUUCUAAAGUCGAUGAAUUCAUUCAAAAGCAACUGGCGACGAAUCUUUACCGAGAAGAUUUCGAUUUACUCCCGUCGGUGAUGGGAAAAGAUGACGAUUUGUACUCGAUCGAGAAAUGUGGUAGUGUUAUGGAAGGUUAUGGCUUCUUCUCAGUUGAUGUGACAGGAAGCGAACAAGACAUUGAUAUCAUGGUUUCACCAACGAUUCUAAGUGUUCACGAAGACGACAUUGACGUUAGCCGUACCCCUGUGGGGUUUGUUUGGGUGCAAAUCGACGAAUUAUUACAACGGAUGAAAAACUCUGGAUCAAACUUGCUUCAAAUUCUGAAGAAAGCGAAUCAGCAAUUUGUAAGUGCGAGUGCAAUUUACAGUCAUUUCCUCCGAGUCACGCAAGAGAAUUUUAAUGAUGGCGACUUCGACGUUGUACAGAAUGAACCGGCUAUAACAUUGAGAGCAAAAGAAAUAAAUGCACGAAGGUAUGGCUACAUGAGAGUCAUGGACAUUGCUGUCGCUUUGAGUUUCUCUGGUUGGCCUCGAAGUGCAGUAGAAUGGUUGAAUCGAGAAAGCAGAGACUUCCGGCUUCUAAGUACUGGUACGAUACAAAAAAUUGCCAGAGGUGGGUGUCAUUUGGUAUACAAGCCAUCAGGCUCCUCUGAAAAUUCCCAUUUAGAUUGGAGGUUUUCAUUCUCUAAAGCAGAGAAAACAUUGCUCCAGUAUCACAGUGACAAACACGCUUUAAAACUCUGUUACAUCAUGUUGAGGUAUGCUUACAAGAAACACCUGAAACCAAGGCUGGGAAACAAGAAGAUUUUAGCGUCGUACUAUUUGAAGACAAUAUUCCUUUGGCUUGCCGAAACAGAUACUGGCUUCGGUUACCAUAACCUCGCUGAUCCCCGCUUAGGCGCCUUGUUUGAACUUAUGAUAAACAAAGUGAGGGAAGCUUACGACAAACAUUUUAUGUCUCAUUACUUUAUUAGUCAUUGGAACUUGUUGCGUGACCUGUCGAAAUCAGAGCUUAAUCACGCCCAAGACCUCCUGGAUGAUCUUUCUCAAAAUAAAAAGGAGUAUAUCAGUUACAUUCAAGAUAUCAGAGAGUAUAUUUUACCCUUAGCCAAGCAAUCUGGAGGAGCUUACAACGAACUUCUCGUAAUUAUUGACGAAUCUGCCACGAGACAUACUCUUUUCCAAGCUUUUUAUAUUUCGAGUUUCAUCUUUGGAACACUCAUAUUCGUCAAGUGUGUUCUGAAUGCUCUCUACUUAGACAUAGCACUGUGUUCAGUAUAAGUUUACCAAGAGGAGUAUCUUACUUUAUUUUAACCCGGUGGAUUUAAAUACCUUUGUUUGCACAGUACUCAAGCAUCAGAAGAGCUGUGACAGGCAUCCAAUUCUAUUCUUUCAAUGUCCCUGCGGAUUCAAACGUUAUCGUUAUGAA